AUGCCGCCUGUAGCGAGGAAGUCGAGGCGCAAAAAGCAAGCCAAGGACAAGGACAGCUUCUCUCGCCAGACCUCCCUUCUCGACGCCUUUGGCCUCCGCUCCGCCGCCAGCCAAGCCGGUUCUGCAGCCUCUGCGGCCCCAUCCACCGCACCUUCCCUCGACGGCUCCGUCACUGGCGACGAUGUCAUCGACCUCCCCUCAUCAGAUUCCGAACCCCCUCUCAGCGUCGCAGAGGUAGCGCCAUCCAGUCCGAUGACACACAGUAGCAAUGAUGGCGUGGAGGACACGGGAAAUCUGGUUUUGAAGCUUCAACCCGGCGGUACUCUUCAAAGAGGCAGCAGUCGGGAUGUCCCAAUUGUUGUCGCGGACAGCAGUCCCAAUACCUCCCCAGUCUGCGAGGCAAAGUCUCUUCGACCACCUCCGAAAGCCGCCUAUUCGAUCUUUGCUCCUCGCAAGCAAGCAGGCGAGAAAGCUUCUCCAGUCACGGCGGUCUACGGCAAACCGUCUGUCAAGCCCUCCGUUCCUUUCCCAGACCAAACCACCCAGCAUGUGCGCGGACCGCAGAUUGUACCUGACACAACGUUAUGGAAAUACUCGCGCCGCGAACGCCACCGUCCUUUGAAUACACUCCCGGAGGAUACUACGAUCUAUUCGAAGCUUGCGUCCUCAUCGUCAACUCACCCCGCCGAUGUCCCUCCUUCCUUCCCAAUCCCACUCCAGCACGUCAACUCCUUGAGUUUAUCCGAGAAAGAGGACCACGCAGCAAGGAUUUUAACGACCCAUCGUGGAUAUCCUGCUAUUCGGCGAGUACUGGACGACUCCCUCCCAUCCAGCUUGGAGGCCUCAUCGAGUCCCAAUGUUCUCUGGAGCGACAGAUGGCGUCCACGACGUGCUGAUGAGGUACUGGGAAACGAACAAUCUGCCAUGUACUUGCGAGAUUGGCUUGUCACUCUCAAGUUGCACAUCGCUGGCUCUGGGAAUGUUCCUCAGCCAGUUUCGGCGAACAUCAACGGCAAGGCGACGAAGGCGAAGAAGAAGGGGAAGGCUCCCCGCGGCAUCAAACGUCCUCGUAUUGUUCGUGACGUUGAACGAAAACGACGGCGACUUGACGCGGAGCUGGAGUGGAUUGUGCACGACUACUCUGACGAGGACGAGGACCCCUUAGAUAUCAUCAACAUGCCGGACGACGAUUGGCUUUUCUCCACAGCUGCCCAACAAGAGCAUGUCCCGGACGUUGAUCCUCCUGGUCACCCUACCACACCCUCCCCUGAUGAUGCAGUUCUACCCUUCACCUACAGAUCACCUCGUUUUGGGCCCACAGUUUGCAAUACGAUCCUCCUAACUGGUCCUCCUGGAUGCGGCAAGACCGCGUCUGUAUACGCAUGCGCAGAAGAGCUAGGCUGGGACGUUUUUGAGGUGUAUCCCGGCAUCGGCGAGCGCAGUGGAGCGGCACUGCUGAAGCUCAUCGGCGAAGUGGGAAAGAGUCACCUCGUACGCCAGACACAGACCGCGCCGAACCAAAAGGGGCCGACGCGCAACUUCUUCCGCAAGCGCGGUGUGGUCCACUCGGACAACGAGGGUGAGACCCCGCUCGACUGCGGGAUUGACCCUCACCCGGAAUCCGACUCCACGGUACAGGGGCUGCCUGCAGCGGCAUCUGAAGUAUCGCAGUCCAUUGUGCUCGUGGAAGAAGUCGACGUGCUGUUCCGUGAGGAUGCAAGUUUUUGGCCGGCCCUCAUCAGGAUCAUCAAAGAGUGCAAGCGCCCCGUUGUGUUGACGUGCACAGUUUCACUUGCGGGCUCGUAUCUCCGCGCCAUAUGUCUCUCAGGGAACUGUCUUCUGGACGCAGCAAUGGCAGAGGAGCUGUUUGUGGGCGCCACAGGUCCCUUCCAAUAUCUAAGUCGCUCUGGAGACCACACUCUACAUCCCAAUGGUGCUCCGCGGCCCCAAAUGGAUCUUCGACGCGCUAUCAGUCAACUACAACUAGGCAUCCAUACGCCUUCUAGUACAGGGGAAUAUGCUUCGGCCCGUUGCGAUCCCGAUGCUGCGCGAAGCUCCCUAGAGAAGUUCAGACGCGUGGCCUGGGCGAUGGAAGUCUGUUCUUUCACAGACAGUGGCCUGCGGCGACCCAGGCACGAGCUUUUGUGUGAUAUGCUCUCAAACAUCCCUUUGACCAACGGUGACGAGGUCAUGGGCCUCAGGCAUUUUGCAUAUGAGCCUAGCGAUAUUGGACGCUCUCUGCCAGUGACAUUCUCAAACUAUGAUAUGGACGAGACCAUCUACGACUUUCUCUUGGAUGCUGCACGACCCCAUUACCCGCACCGAAUGACCUAUGGGACCACUCCUCAGACCCGCCGGCGACACAUACUGUUCACUUCGACGCUCUCCUCGAUGUAUUUGACGUUCUCCGCAUCCCCCGCGAACAACUCCUCCGUGACCCACAGUCCAUAUUCACGGACUACGAGUCUUGGAUACGGUUCAUGGUUCGCGCCGACGACGCACGUGUCGCUCUGUAUCAACAAUCGGAGUCCACGGACGGAAGUGGACGCCGGACGCGGAACUCGCAGCGCCUCCAAUGGGCAUACGAUCGCUACUCGAGCUCUCCGAGGCCACCGGGACAUUCUCAUGCGAACAGCGCUGGGCUCAGAUUCUCCGGAUACCUCCCCUCCCUCCUCCCAACCGGAUAUGGACGCACCCCUGUCUACUGCCGCUACUCCCAUGUAA